AUGGGGCCUGCUGAGGAGCUGGUCCGGAUUGCCAAGAAAUUGGAUAAGAUGGUGGCCAGGAAGAGCACGGAGGGGGCUCUGGAUCUGCUCAAGUCCCUCACAGGCUACACCAUGACCAUCCAGCUGCUCCAGACCACGCGGAUCGGGGUGGCCGUCAACUCGGUGCGGAAACACUGCUCGGACGAAGAGGUGGUGGCCUCGGCCAAAAUCCUCAUCAAGAACUGGAAGCGGCUGCUGGAGCCCUCCACCACCCCGAAGAAGGAGAAGGACACGGAUGGGGAGAAGGAGAAGGACACGGAUGGGGAGAAGGAGAAGAAAGAGAAGGGGCUGGAUUUUCCCAGCUGCCCCAACGAAGGGGCGAAGCACCCCAAGAGCUCAGCUGAGAAGCACAGGGAGAAGCACAAGGAGAGAGAGUCCAGUGAUGGCCGGAGCCCCACUGCGUCCUCGAAGAAGUCACCUCUGGAUGGCAAGAAAGAGAGGAGAGACUCUGCUGACUCAAGGUCCUCCACCACCUCGGCCGUCUCCUCUUCCUCCCCGCAGAAGAGACCGUCAGGGGAGAGGAGAUCCUCUGUGGGCACCAGCCCCUCGCCAGCUCCCACCGGCUCUCGGAGAAACUCCAGCGACAGCAAGGAGGAAAGCCCCUGCCUCCUGGCCCCCUGCUAUCUCACGGGGGACUCAGUGCGGGACAAGUGCAUCGAGAUGCUGACGGCCGCCCUCCGCAUGGAUGAUGACUACAAGGAGUUUGGUGUCAACUGUGAGAAGAUGGCAUCGGAGAUCGAAGACCAUAUCUUCCAGGAGCUGAAGAGCACGGACAUGAAGUAUCGCAACCGGGUGCGGAGCAGGAUCAGCAACCUGAAGGACCCCAAGAACCCCAGCCUGCGGAGGAACGUGCUGUGCGGGGCCAUCGUGCCCAGCCUCAUCGCCCGCAUGACCGCCGAGGAGAUGGCCAGCGAUGAGCUGAAGGAGCUGAGGAACGCCAUGACCCAGGAGGCCAUCCGGGAGCACCAGAUGGCCAAGACGGGUGGCACCGUCACCGACCUCUUCCAGUGCGGCAAGUGCAAGAAGAAGAACUGCACGUACAACCAGGUGCAGACGCGCAGCGCCGACGAGCCCAUGACGACAUUUGUGCUGUGCAACGAAUGCGGAAACCGCUGGAAGGUCUGUGCCCAGCCAGGGGGGCUCCGGGCACCCCAACCCUUCCCCAGCCCGGGGGGAUAG